AUGGGUGCUAAAGAGCUGCAGGAUAAGUUAGAACAACAAUACCGUGUCACUCUUUUGUAUGACACUGUAUGGAGGGGUAGAGAAAUUGCAUUGGACAAGGUUUAUGGAAAAUGGUCUGACAGUUUUGAGUUAUUGUUUAGGUGGAAGGCUGAGGUACUAAAGAGAAUGCCUGGAAGUGUUGUUGAAAUUGAUACUUUUCAGCCAUGUAUUGAUGGAUUUAAAGAAGGGUGUAGGCCCUACUUGAGUAUAGAUUCCACAGUAUUGAAUGGAAGGUGGAAUGGACAUUUAGCUUCUGCUAUAGCAGUAGAUGGGCACACGUGGAUGUACCCAUUGGCUUUUGGAUUCAUAGCUUCAGAAACAAAAGAUAAUUGGACUUGGUUCGUGAAUGAAUUAAAGCAGGCAAUUGGAGAGUUGCCGCUUCUUGCUAUCUGCACAGAUGCUUGCAAAGGACUAGAGAACUCUGUGCAAAAAGUCUUCCCUACAGCUGAACAGAGGGAGUGUUUCUUUCACCUUAUGAAGAAUUUCCAGAAGAGAUGUGGUUUCAACCCAGAAAUCAAGUGUGACUUCAUAACUAACAAUUUAGCUGAGGUGUUCAAUAACUGGAUCAGAGGUAUCAAGGACUUACCAGUUGCUGAACUAGCUGACAAAGUGAGGGACAUGAUAAUGAUUCUAUGGAGCAAGAGGAGGAGGAUUGCAGAAAGGCUCCCUACAGGAAAGAUUCUUCCUGCUGUAAUGGUUCAGCUUAAGGCAAACACUAGAGGUUUGGGUCAUUUGAAGGUUGUUGAGUCUAGUAGUUGGAGUGCAGAGGUUGUAGACUACAGCAAAGGUGGUGAAAGACACAGAGUGAAGCUGAAUGAAAAUACUUGUACUUGUCAAGAGUGGCAGCACACUGGGAAACCUUGUCGUCAUACUUUGGCAUUCCUAACAACACAGAAGAAUGUUGAUAUGGAACAAUAUGUGCAUCCUUAUUUCUCUGUGUGCAUGUUCCAAGCUGCAUACGAUAGGGAGAUUGAGCCACUGACAGACAAGUCACAAUGGCCUGAGGUGCAUCUUCCAUUCUCUGUGUGUGCCCCACUUACCAAGAGGAAUGUGGGGAGGCAAAGAAAACUGAGGUUCAAGUCCUGCCUUGAAGGAGGUCACAGAAAAAAGGUGCUAAGGAUGUCUCUAAUGACAACAAUAUUGUUGAUGGGAACCCUGACAACUCAGCUCCAACAAAUGCUAAAAGGAAGAAGAUGGUUAGAGGACCAGUCACUUGCAAGAGAUGCGGAGAGAAGGGCCACAGACAAGCUAGCUACAAAUGUCCACUAA